UACCAAUGACAGCCAGCAGACGAAUUUCAGCAGCGCCGUCAGUUAAUACUUGGUGAACCAGCGUAUGACUGAUCACACAGAUGCGAAGCGUUUGCGAGCAUACGAUACGAUACGUCAGAAGCUUGAUAAUUGACUGAUUUUUUAAAGGUAGAAUUUGAGUAAUCCAAUAUGUCUAAGAAACCUGGGGCAACACAGGCCCUUCAUAAGGUCAUAAUGGUGGGAAGUGGAGGUGUUGGAAAGUCUGCCCUCACACUACAGUUCAUGUAUGAUGAAUUUGUCGAAGAUUAUGAGCCAACCAAAGCAGACUCAUACAGAAAGAAGGUGGUAUUGGAUGCCGAAGAAGUACAAAUAGAUAUUUUGGAUACAGCUGGUCAAGAAGACUAUGCAGCUAUCAGAGAUAACUAUUUCCGUAGCGGCGAAGGCUUUCUAUGCGUAUUUUCUAUUACUGAAGAUGAUAGUUUUCAAGCCACUCAAGAAUUUAGAGAACAAAUAUUGCGGGUCAAAAAUGACGAAAACAUUCCUUUUCUACUGGUGGGAAACAAAAGUGAUCUUCAAGGAAAACGAAAAGUUAGUUUAGCUGAGGCGCAAGCUAGAUCUCAACAGUGGGGAGUUCCCUACGUCGAAACUAGUGCAAAAACAAGAGAAAACGUUGACAAGGUAUUUUUCGACUUGAUGCGUGAAAUAAGGUCGCGCAAGAUCGAAGAUAAAUCUGCAAGUAAUGGCCGUGGAAAGGAUCGCGCCAAGAGAAAGAAAAAGAUGUGCAUUAUUCUAUAGGUAUUCUUUGACUUGAUGCGUGCUAUAGCUGCGCGCAAGGCUCAAGAAAAUCAGGGUGAGGGGGGUGAGCGAAAGAAGAAACCAAGUUGCUGCGUACUACUUUAACAGAAUUGAAACAAGAAUCAUCAUUUUCAAUGGUGUGUCUCGUAUCUCUGCACUGAACUAUAUACCUAUAACGAAGCAGAUAAAGAUAUAUUUCAUAUGGACGAGUUUCAUAUUUCUUUACGAUGAGAUAAUAAUCAUUAAGCCUGGACAUCUGCUUUUUCAAAGACAUUGCGGACGAAUCGUGCACCAUGAAUAUUCUUUGUUAUUGAAAUUUCGUACAAAUUAUUAGCAUUAACAAAUAUAUUGCGACGUCACAAAAAAAAAAGAAAAGGACACUACUUGCACUGUCGAUAUUUUGGGACAUGUGAUAUUUUUCUGUAAUUUUUCUACAACUCAAUACAUCAAUACCCAGUUAUCAUGUGCUAACAUUACUCAUCAAUAGUAUUAGAAAGAUGAAAAUACGACUACGACUGCGUUCGUACGUUAAUAUAUCAAUUCAGUUCCACAUCAUUUGUCUCAAUUUAGAAAAAGUAGAACAGAAAAUUACACUUCCAUUACUUUCUCUGUGUCGAGCAGCAUUCUGAAAACAGUUGUUUCUUUUUUCAACAAGCACUAUGAAACAUACAAAACGUCUAAGAUAUUAGUAGUGUGUUUUGAUACAUACAUAUUAUAUAGAAAUACAUAUUAUUCUUUUUUUCUUGUAGGUUUAUUAAGUCUCAGUGCUCGGAAUUUUGCGUUUUAUAAUCGAUAGGUUCAAAAAGAGCGAUCAAGGUACUACUUUAAUAAUUUCCCAGUGAUUGUGCGAGUGUAGAUUUAAAUUUUUUUCUUCAAAUAUAAAACAGAAAUUGCUAUAUUAAACUUUAUUUUCAUAUUUUUGUACUUUUCCAACUGGUGAACGUGCCUUUUCUUUAAUGUUAUAAAUUAGUUGAAUUUAAUAUCAGGAUGUUAUGUAACGAUUGUAGGCUUCCUCAUCAAGAAUAUAGGACUCGGCUUUAAAUUUUCGCUAGCGAGUAAAAAUGUGAAAUGACACAUUCAAUAAUCAAGCCCAUACUACAAGGGUCUCACUGGCCUAACGCUGACGCGAAUUUUAGAAAAAUCUUGAUACGGUAUCAUAGCUAAAAGAAAAUUAAAUCAACCCUAGAAAAAAAAAAAAGGCAGCAACAGGUCACAUUGUUUACGUAAGAUUCAAUUAUGACAAUAUCCGGUUAAUUUAUACACUUGUCUAUCGAUGUUUAUACAAACUUUGCCAGAUUUAUAUAAGUUGCUGAUAAAUGAAAUUUUCAUGUAUCAAAAAUUUACGAGAGUUCCUCGUUGAAUUUAUUAAUAUAUACAUAUAUUACACAAUACUAUCCACUUAAAUCAGUCAGUGAAUCACUGGACGAAUUGUAAUAUAAUUUAUGUACCUUUAAUAUGAAUACACGGUUGAUGAAAAUUU